CAGGUCCCCCAGCUCCACCUUUGCCAUCCGUUAUGUCUCCUAGCAGGGUUGCAGCUAGUCAACUGGGUCAACAAGGAAGUGAUUUAAUUGUUCCUGCAGGUGGCCAGAGAACACAGACAAAAAGUGGACCAAUUAUUCUGGCAGAUGAAAUUAAAAAUCCUGCAAUGGAAAAAUUAGAACUUGUUAGAAAAUGGAGUCUAAACACCUACAAGUGCACUCGACAAAUUAUCUCUGAGAAGCUAGGCCGCGGCUCAAGAACUGUGGACCUUGAACUGGAAGCUCAGAUUGAUAUAUUAAGAGAUAACAAGAAAAAAUAUGAAAAUAUUCUAAGACUGGCCCAGACGUUGUCUACCCAGCUUUUCCAGAUGGUGCAUACCCAAAGGCAACUUGGAGAUGCAUUUGCUGACCUGAGUUUGAAGUCAUUGGAACUCCAUGAAGAAUUUGGCUACAAUGCAGAUACCCAGAAGCUGCUGGCUAAAAAUGGAGAGACGCUUCUUGGAGCCAUUAAUUUUUUCAUCGCCAGUGUGAACACUUUGGUAAAUAAAACUAUUGAAGAUACGUUAAUGACUGUGAAACAGUAUGAAAGUGCCAGGAUUGAAUAUGAUGCAUAUCGCACUGACUUAGAAGAAUUGAAUCUUGGACCACGUGAUGCAACCACUCUGCCAAAAAUUGAGCAGUCACAGCAUCUGUUCCAAACACAUAAGGAAAAAUAUGAUAAAAUGCGCAGUGAUGUUUCUAUCAAAUUGAAAUUUCUAGAAGAAAAUAAGGUUAAAGUAUUGCACAAUCAGCUGGUCCUUUUCCAUAAUGCCAUUGCAGCUUACUUUGCUGGGAAUCAGAAGCAGCUUGAACAGACCCUUAAACAGUUCCAUAUCAAAUUGAAAUCUCCUGGAGUGGAUGUCCCAUCCUGGCUUGAAGAACAGUAAUUACACCUGGGGGAGAAGUCACAUUGGUAUAUUUCUAAACACACCUAAUAAGAAUUAAGCAGAAUUGGGGGUAAUGGGGUGGGGUGACAACCAUUUUAGUGAUUCUUGCACAAAUAGCUUUAAUUUUCCCCUUUUUCAUACUUUAACAAUUGAACUGUUAAAUUGGAUGGGAAUGUGGGUGGCUUUAAUGUAAUUUCUAUAAUCUAGACACAAUAAUUUUCCUUUUUGAGAAAUCCUUUUGUAUGAUGAGGGUCGAUGGAUAUUUCUGUAGUUUGAAAACAUCUAAUAUAGAUUUGCACUGACAAGAUAAAAAUUUGUGGUUUUGGUCCUGGAAAUGAGGACCAGUUGUAAUUUUUCCAAAGGGAGGUUUACAUGAUUUGUAUCAACAUCAGAUAUUUUAUAUAUGAAUAUAUUAAACAUCUUUAAGAGAUUCAUGUUCAUGUAUUAUCUUAAAGAAAAAAGAAACUAUUUUGCAGAGUAAAAUUAUAUGGUGUUCCUGCAGCAUCCACACUGAGGCGGCAGCUCUCAUGAAUGACUAGUUGGCUUGUGGAGUUGUGGAAAAUACCUUUGUGAAAAUGAAUCUGUAUCAUUGUAAGUUUGUUUUCACUUUUUUUUAACGAUGCAGGAAUCACACUCAUUUUGUAGAUUUUUAAGCUUCUGAAUUUGCAUUACCCAAAGUUAUUGGGCAAGUUAUGUUAAAAGUUGCUUUUGAUUCAUAAUGAAACUUUCUUAAAAGAAUUUUUUUGACAGGUGGACUUAGGAAUAGAGAUUCUUGACCGUUCUAGAGUCGAAAUCUGAGCUUAGAAAGUUAAUUUUUGGGUAAAUUCCAUUUUGAUAGAAGUGAAUUCCUAGAAACUUUUAUUGACUUCCACAUGUAACAAUACCGUUUAAGCCUUAAAUCACAGAUAUGUGCCUUCUCAGAUACAGUAAUUCUUAUUCAACCAAUGUACAUAACCCAUAAAGAAACCCCUUUCAGAUAAUGUUUAAUGUGUCUGUUCCUUCCUCAGAAAGGAACACUGUGUAUAAUUGUUGGGUUUCUUUGAACUCAUUAAACCACGUUUAAAGUUCAUGGUGAAAUCAGCUUUUGAGUCUGUUUUUUUUCUUUCUUAAUUCCUUUUGAGGAAUGGAAACUGGGAAGGUUUUUUUUUUCCAUUGGGUAAUGAAAAGGUAAUGUAGGAUAGUGUGGUGGUAACAGGAAGAAAAGAGAUUGGAAAGGCCAGUACUAUUUUAGUUGCUGAGCAGUGAUGAUUAUGUGUUAUGUGGUUGGCUUGUCCACUAUGUGGUUCUAUCAGUAAUGUAAUCUUAUUAAAUGUAAAGUUCUCUUAAUUUUUGUCACAUACAUAAAUUAAUAUUUUGAGAGUUAUCUCUUCACUUGUUCAUUUCUUUUAUGUUGAAAUGACUUACUUAAAAUUACCAUUAUACACAAAUUUUGUGGAUUGUAAGAUUUGUUAUAUAUGUUCAGAUGCCUUUUAGCUGGCUUUUUAAUUAAUAUACCUGUUUUCAGUGCUUAAUACAAUGUAAUGUGAUUGUAAACCAUAAACCUAUUUUAAAUCAUUCCUUCCUGUAUAUUUGUACUUGGAGAGAGCCUUAUUUUAUUCUUGUGAUAGUUCAUUUACAUUCCCCAGAAUGUGCCUCUGGUGUGAAUUUUGUAUUCUUAUUAAAAGUGUUUGCUGCAGUA